AUAAUCCCUUCGUCGUCUAUGCUACCAGCUCAGAUCUACUUUGAUCCAGCCUACUCGCAUGAAUUCAUAGCAACAAGAGAUGUCCUAUUCAAAAUUUUAGCAGUCAUUGCGAGUGAAGAUCGAGGAGCAGAGUUCAUAUCAAGGAAUUAUUUGGAGCAUCUCAGAAGAGUAGACUCACUAAUCCGAGUUGAUCAAACCCUGGCUAAGAUAAGGAAAGAGACCGAAUUUGAUACUGAUUCCAUAUCUGUAACAGUCUUGGAGCUGCAGGAGCUGUUGAGAUCGAUUGACUGGAUCCGCUACAUAUCCUCCUUUAUUCCACCCGAACGCCAAUACCCACCUAGGAUUAGAAAGGUCCGCAUAUCUCAAGUUUCAACUGUGGAAAGAAUGGAGGAAUUAUUGUCAAACAUGGAUGAUCAGACUCUUUCCGAUUAUCUUGACUGGAAGGUGAUUUUUCACUUUAGCGACUUUCUCGGCGAUAAAAUUAAUCUUCUGAUGGAGGAGUUCGCGGCUCAAAUAUACGGGUUAAAAGGCAAGGAUCGAACAGAUGAAUGUGUGUCUCCAACAGUUAAUAUGUUUUAUGAUAUAGCAGGGAAGCAUUUUCUCAAACGACAUUUCGAUUUCGAAAGUAUAUAUAUCGUAAAGGAGCUUAUUGAAGAGGUGAGAAAAGCAUUUUUGGAUAUGCUAAACGAAAACGAUUGGAUGGAUGAAAAUACGAAGAAACGGGCAAAGCAAAAGGAGCUUAUUGAAGAUGUGAGAAACGCAUUUUUGGAAAUGCUAAACGAAAACGAUUGGAUGGAUGAAAAUACGAAGAAACGGGCAAAGCAAAAGCUGAACUUCACCUCAAAAAACUCGUAUUAUCAAAUCGUGACAACACUCGAGUUGUGGAUGCAAGACCGUGCUUUUCACAAGUUGGAAGAAAUCAACACUAGGGACUCAUUCGACGCUUCGGUAACUGAAGUCAAUGCAUUUUACGAUGGUAAUCAAAACCAAAUCGGUGAGCUACCAAUCAGGCAAUGA